UGAGUUUCAUCUCAAAUACCCCUUUUUGAAGUACGCAUCUUUGCAUUGGCUCGAUCACGCUGAGGCAGCAGAGGCGGGAAAUGUCUCACAGGUAGAAUACCUAAGGGGGAUGAAAGAAGACCAUGACGUUGAGCGACUCUCACUGGCUCAUACAUUCUUCUGCCCUGAUUAUUGUGAAAAGGACGCCGACCUGUUAUACAUUUCCCUGCGUCAUGCACACAACAGGGUGGCAAAGAUUCUUCUCGAGUAUAGCGCCGACAUUAGCCCGCAGGGCUGGAAUUAUGAUCGUGCCUUACACGCGUCUGCAGUCACUGACUCCGCGGUGAUGGCGAGGCUUUUUCUCGAGUACGGCGCCGAUCCUAAUGGCUGGCUCGGACGCUAUACCCCGCUCAUGAAUGCUACACGCUACGGAUCUGAAGCGCUGCAUAUGGCGGCAGAGAAGGGGCAUGAGGCGGUUGUUAAGCUACUUCUCGAUACCGGCAAGGUUGACGCAGAUGCUCAGUAUAAGG